AUGGGCGACUCAAUCGAGUCCAGCCAAGUUGAGAGCAUCAGCCCCUAUGGCCCAGCCCGCUCGACUAUCCAGGGGGAGCCCCUCACUGAUGAGGAGCUCAAGAAGUACAACGACUGGUUCAAGGCCAGCUUGUAUCUGAGUCUGGGCAUGAUCUAUCUGCGUCAGAAUCCCCUUCUCAAGGAGCCCCUAUCCAAAGAACACCUCAAGGCUCGUCUGUUGGGCCACUUCGGCUCGUGCCCUGGCCAAAUCUUCACCUACAUGCACUUCAACCGCCUGAUCAAGAAGUACGACCUCGACGCCAUCUUCAUCUCCGGCCCAGGCCAUGGCGCUCCUGCCGUCCUGUCCCAGGCCUACCUUGAGGGAACCUACUCCGAGGUCUACCCUGAGUGCUCCGAGGACGAGGAAGGCCUGCAGAAGUUCUUCAAGCAGUUCUCCUUCCCUGGCGGCAUAGGCUCGCACGCAACCCCUGAAACGCCUGGCAGUAUCCACGAGGGCGGCGAGCUGGGCUACUCGCUAUCCCAUGCCUUCGGCGCGGUCUUCGACAACCCCAACCUGAUCGCCCUGACGAUGGUUGGCGAUGGUGAAGCCGAGACCGGCCCGCUGGCCACCUCCUGGCACAGCACCAAGUUCCUCAACCCCAUCACCGACGGCGCCGUCCUGCCGGUGCUGCACCUCAAUGGCUACAAGAUCAAUAACCCUACCAUCCUGGCCCGUAUCAGCCACAAAGAACUCGAGAGCCUUUUCAUCGGUUACGGCUAUCAGCCGUACUUCGUCGAAGGUGACGACAUCGAGACUAUGCACCAAGCCAUGGCUGCGACACUUGAGCAUGCCGUGCUUGAGAUCCGCCGCUUCCAGCAGCAGGCACGCGAAUCAGGCAAGGCCUUCCGGCCGAGGUGGCCUGUCAUUAUCUUGCGCACUCCAAAGGGCUGGACUGGCCCGCGCAAGGUCGACGACAAAUAUCUCGAGGGCUACUGGCGGUCGCACCAGGUACCCAUCACCGACGUCCACGAGAACGAGGAGCAUCUGCAGCUGCUGGAGCAGUGGAUGCGCAGCUACGAGCCAGAUCGGCUGUUCCCGGAUGGCAAGCUGCUGCCCGAGCUGAGGGACCUGGCUCCGACCGGCGUGCGCCGGAUGAGCGCCAACCCGGUCGCGAACGGAGGGCUGCUGCGCAAGCCGUUGAAGAUGCCCGACUUCCGGAAGUACGCGCUCAAGGUCGAUCGGCCAGCUGGGACCAACGGGUUCAGCAUGGCGAACAUGGCACGGUUCCUUCGCGACAUCAUGACCAUGAACCAGGACAACUUCCGGCUGUUUGGCCCUGAUGAGACCGAGUCGAACAAGCUGGCUAGCGUCUAUGAGGCGGGCAAGAAGGUCUGGCUGGGCGAGUACUUUGAGGAGGACGAGAACGGCGGCAAUCUCGCGACGGAAGGCCGUGUCAUGGAGAUGCUCUCGGAGCAUACCUGCGAGGGCUGGCUUGAGGGCUAUCUUCUGACCGGCCGUCACGGCUUGCUUAACAGCUACGAGCCGUUCAUCCAUGUCAUUGAUUCGAUGGUGAAUCAGCACUGCAAAUGGCUCGAAAAAUCCCUCGAAGUCCCCUGGCGCGCGAAAAUCUCCUCUCUUAACAUCCUCCUAACCGCCGUCGUCUGGCGCCAAGACCACAACGGCUUCACACACCAGGACCCCGGAUUCCUCGACGUCGUCGCCAAUAAAUCCCCCGAGGUCGUCCGCAUCUACCUGCCCCCGGACGGCAAUUGCCUGCUCUCCUGCAUGGACCACUGCCUGCGCUCCUCCAACUACGUCAACGUGAUCGUCGCCGACAAGCAAGAACACCUGCAAUUCCUCUCUAUGGACGACGCAAUCGUACACUGCACCAAGGGCAUCGGCAUCUGGCCGCAGUUCAGCACCGAUCAGGGAGGCGAGCCGGACGUGGUGAUGGCCUCGUGCGGCGACAUCAGCACACAAGAAUCCCUCGCCGCAGUCGACCUCCUCCUCUCCCACUUCCCCGACCUCAAGAUCCGCUUCAUCAACGUCGUCGACCUCUUCAAGCUCAUCCCUUACACGGACCACCCGCACGGCCUGACCGACGAGGAAUGGGUUUCCCUCUUCACAGCCGACAAGCCCAUCAUCUUCAACUUCCACAGCUACCCCUGGCUCGUGUACCGCCUGGCGUCCAAGCGCCCCGGCGCGAACCAGAACCUGCACGUGCGCGGGUACCGCGAGAAGGGCAACAUCGACACGCCGCUGGAGCUGGCGAUUCGUAAUGGCACGGAUCGGUUCAGUCUGGCCAUUGAGGCGAUUGAUCACGUGCCGAGGCUGAAGAAUCGGGGUGCGGCAGCUAGGGAUGCGCUCAAGUCGGCGCAGAUCAAGGCGAGGAACGAGGCGUUUGAGAAUGGUGUCGAUCCGCCGUUGCUGAAGAAUUGGGUGUGGCCCCAUACGGGGUUGUGGAAGCGGAGGAGCGAGUCGCCGGUGGAGAUGACGGAUGUGAUUGGUUAG